CAUUUAAAAAGAAUCAAGUGAAGGAGCCGAGGAGGAGAGAGAAAAUCGAGAGAUUAGCGCGACAGUAAAGGCGCAGGAAGAGAACAAGGAAGAGGACAUUGAAGUUGAUAAGGCUACUGGGGUUUCAGCUAAAUUAAGGCUAAAGCCCUUAUCUGAAAGCACCUCUCCUUUCAUCCUUCAACAUCAACAACUCCAGCGAAAAAUUGAGGAUGGCCGCUCAAAUGGUCCGUGAAUGGAGUGGAAUUCAGCAGUUUCCCGCCGCGACACAGACUAAGUUGCUUGAAUUAUUGGGGAAAUUGAAGCAGGAGAAUGUGGAUUCAUUGACCAUCCUUAUUAUGGGGAAAGGUGGUGUAGGGAAGUCUUCAACUGUAAACUCAGUCAUUGGUGAGCGAGUUGUAGCUGUUAGUGCUUUUCAGUCUGACACACCGAGGCCCGUGAUGAUUUCUCGUACGAGGGCAGAAUUUACAUUGAACAUCAUUGACACACCAGGUCUUGUUGAAGGAGGAUAUGUGAACGACCGGACUAUAGAUAUGAUUAAAAGCUUCCUUUUGGAUAAGACCAUAGAUGUAUUGCUGUAUGUAGACCGGCUGGACGCUUACAGAGUAGAUAACUUAGACAGACAGAUUAUCAAAGCCAUUACUGAUAGUUUUGGAAAAGGAAUAUGGGAUCGUGCUGCUGUUGUCCUUACUCAUGCUCAGCUCUCACCACCAGAUGGAUUGAGCUAUGAAGAAUUCUUCACUAAAAGAUCCGAGUCUCUUCUAAAAGUACUUCGCCUUGGGGCCCGAAUGAAGAAGCAGGAUUCUUCUGAGUCCUCCAUACCUGUGGUUUUGGUUGAGAACAGUGGGCGAUGCAAUAAAAAUGACAAUGGUGAAAAGGUCCUUCCAAAUGGAAUUUCAUGGAUCCCAAAUUUGGUCAAGACAAUCACAGAUGUUGUUUCAAAUGGAAGUAAGGGUAUCUUAGUUGACCAGAAGUUGAUUGAGGGACCCAACCCAAAUGCACAAAACAAGAUAUGGAUACCCUUAUUUUUGGCAGUUGAAUAUUUCUUGGUGAAGCAGAUUCGUGGUUGGAUCAAAUCUGAUGUUGCAAAGGAAUUUAAACCCGCAUGGGAACUCCGAGAUAUUGGUGCAGCGAAGCGCAAGUUCUGAUAAGCUACAUCCUACUUUGAGCCUUUUCCUUUGACAGUGUCUCAAUAGUGUUUCUCAUGACUACUUCUAUAGAGAUUUUUACCGUCAGCGUAGCAGUAACCUUCGGCAACGUGAGCGAUUUUGAGUCUAAGAGAGCUAUCUCUGUUUUUUUCAUAUAAAAUCUUCGGAUAGUGAAAGUACACUCUUGAAUUUUUUGAAUCUGUAUUAUUGUAUCUACUAGUUAAUUUACUUUAUGAUAAAGCAGGUUUUGUAAAACCAAUUUGCAGCACCGCUGUUACUGUUAGUGCUGUAGCGUAUGUUUUCUGUUUUGGUUCUUGA